CACACAAACACACACACACACUCACAGUCGGGAGAUUAAGAAAGACAAAAACUUAGCUGAAUCCCGUGGCUUUUGCUGAAGUGCAUCGGGCAGCCCUACGGAGCGAGAGGAGGGACUGCGGGAGCGGGCUGGCGGAGGGGAGGACAGUUUCAAUGCCGUCAGGUCUGUGUGUGUGCGUGUGUGCGUGUGGGGAUGUGGGGAACCGUUGCAGGCAGGGGAAGGCGUGACCUGCAUGGAAAAUGCCAGACAGCUCCAGAACACACACAUACACGCUCACACGCUCACAAAUCUCGGCACAAAGAUAAGACGGACAGUGGAGCGCUUGGAACGAGGCAAAGCCAUCCCCCCAAAACAAACAAACCUCGCGCUCCAAAACGACCGGCAAACUCUCCGAGCUGCAAAAUGAGGUACCCUCUGGCUUGGUCAUUUUGUGCUUUUCUGCUUUCUGUGGCAGAUGCCAUUGAGCUGACAGAUAUGUUUGGAGAGAUACAGUCCCCAAACUUCCCGGAUUCUUACCCAAGUGACUCGGAAAUGACAUGGAAUAUUUCUGUGCCUGAUGGAUUUAAAAUCAAGCUCUACUUCAUGCAUUUUGACUUGGAGUCAUCCUACCUCUGUGAAUACGACUAUGUGAAGAUUGAAACUGAAGACCAAGAGCUGGCAACUUUCUGCGGCAGGGAGACGACAGACACAGAGCAGGCCCCCGGCCAACAAGUGAUCCUGUCCCCGGGUCCUUACAUGGGGCUCACCUUCAGGUCCGACUUCUCCAACGAGGAACGCUUCACGGGCUUUGAUGCCCAUUACACAGCUGUGGAUGUGGACGAGUGCCUGGAGAAAAGUGACGAGGAGCUGGCGUGUGACCACUACUGCCACAACUACAUCGGAGGGUACUACUGCUCCUGCAGGUUCGGCUACAUCCUCCACUCUGACAACAGGACCUGCAAAGUGGAGUGCAGUGACAACCUCUUCACCCAGAGGAGCGGGGUGGUCACCAGCGCCGACUUCCCCAGCCCCUACCCCAAAAGCUCAGACUGCUUGUACCGCAUUGAGCUGGAGGAAGGCUUCUUCAUCACCCUGAGCUUCGAGGACAGUUUCGACGUGGAAGACCACCCUGAGGUGACCUGCCCCUAUGACUUCAUCAAGAUCAAAGCUGGACGUAGGGAGUUUGGUCCUUUCUGUGGAGAGAAAUCCCCGGGACGCAUUGAAACACAAACCAACAGCGUGCAGAUCCUCUUCCACAGUGACAACUCAGGAGAGAACAGGGGCUGGAAGCUGUCGUACACAGCAAUUGGGAACCCAUGCCCAUUGGUGCAACCACCAAUCAAUGGGAAAAUCGAGCCUUCCCAAGCCAAGUACACGUUCAAAGAUCAGAUCGUCAUCAGCUGCAACACCGGAUACAAAGUUCUGAAGGAUAACCUGGAAAGCGACUCCUUCCAGAUUGAAUGUCAAAAGGACGGGACAUGGAGUAACAAGAUCCCUGUCUGCAAAAUUGCUGACUGCAAAGCACCGCUGGAGCUGGAGCAUGGCUUUGUCACCUUCUCCUCCAGGAACAACCUCACCACCUACGGGGCAGGCAUCCAGUACCACUGCCAGCACCCCUACUACCACAUGGCACCCAACAGCACCGCCACCUACACCUGUGAUGCAUUGGGGGUGUGGAGGAGUGAGGAGCUGGGGACCAAGCUGCCAUCCUGCCGACCAGUGUGUGGCCGGCCAGCUCGUGCUCUGCCUGGGAUCAUCAAGCGCAUCAUUGGAGGGCGAAACGCAGAGCCUGGCUUCUUCCCCUGGCAGGCCCUGAUUGUGGUAGAGGAUAUGUCCCGGGUGCCCAAUGACAAAUGGUUUGGCAGCGGGGCCCUGCUCUCAGACUCCUGGGUGCUGACAGCCGCCCACGUGCUCCGCUCACAGCGACGGGACAAGACCGUCAUCCCUGUCUCCAAGGAGCACGUCACCGUCUACCUUGCCCUCCAUGAUGUGAGGAACAAGAUGCAUGCUGUCAACCGGACAGUAGAGAGGAUCAUCCUCCACGAGGAGUUUGACAUCCAGAAUUACAACCACGAUAUCGCUCUGGUCAAGCUGAAGGAGAAGGUGACCAUGGGGAACUAUGUCAUGCCGGUUUGCCUGCCUCAAUUUGAGCAUGAGCUGGAGGGGCCUCACCCCAACACAUUAGGGCUGGUGGCUGGCUGGGGUAUCUCCAACCCCAACAUCACCGUGGACGAGAUCAUCAGCUCAGGCAUGAGGACACUGUCUGACAUCCUGCAGUAUGUCAAACUCCCAGUGGUGCUCCAUGCAGAGUGCAAGACCAGCUACGAGUCCCGGUCGGGGAACUACAGCGUUACUGAGAACAUGUUCUGUGCCGGAUACUAUGAAGGUGGGAAGGACACUUGCUUGGGAGACAGUGGGGGAGCCUUUGUCAUUCAAGAUCCAGGGACCCGGAGGUGGGUGGCCCAAGGGCUGGUUUCAUGGGGUGGCCCAGAGGAGUGCGGCAGCAAACAGGUGUAUGGUGUGUACACCAAAGUCUCCAACUAUGUGGACUGGGUGGAGAAAAAAACCGGCUCCUCCGAGAGGUGGACAUUUCUGGACCCUGAGCUGGAGAGAUGAGUGACUAAGCAGCUUGCUGCUGCUGCUUUUGGGGGGGUUGUUGUUGUUGUUGUUUUUUAAAAUGCUCCAGACUCUGGUCUUUCGCAAGCAGUAUCCACACAGUGGCUCAGCCACACUCCACGCCUUUGUCAGCCCUCCACGUCAUGUGUUUUGCUUGGUCCCACAUCCCUUUGCUUGUAGUCUUUGGAAAUGUUUGCUAGGGAGCUGGGGGAGGGCAACAAAGGGACAGAUCUCAGCUAGCUUCCUUAGCUCGUACUGUUGGGCUCCUAAACUUGCCCAUGCUCCCAGGGAGGCUCCCUCCAAGCCGUGACCAAGGCAGAGUGAUGGAGGAGGCAAUUUCCUGCCACCUAAGCCUUAGGCUACGCACAGAGAAUUUCCCCCACAUCCCAAGGUCUCACAUCAGCUCUUCCCAUUAGACGAAGUAACCGCAGGAGCAACAGGGGCUGAGGACAAUGUGGAAAACUCAGCUGGGUAGGCCUGGGCCUCACUGGUCCCCCACACUGCAUGAUGGCAUUUUCUUGUGAGGAGCAGAGAGAGAGCACUGGAGGCUUGCCAGUCUUUUUAUUUGCAAACAAAUGUCCCUGCCUGAUGACAUCUCAAGUGAUGCUCCACCUGGCCCUGGGAAUGCUAGGAUGUUUCCACAUUAGCCCUAACCUUCAGCCAUGCCUGGAGACCUUAUGCCAUCAGGCUACCGAGAUGGCACCGACCCAAAUGGGCUACCCUACCCACCAUGUGGGGGUGGGCACCCCACAAAGGACACAGGAAUGGGGAGCAGAGUUUGUCCUCAGUGUCAUCCUCACAUCCAGCAACCACCUUGCCUCCCUUCCCUAUUCAUCAUCUCUAUCACCUCAAGUCCUCUCCAGUCCUCCCCUAGACCAGAUCUGGGGGUGGUUUCUAGCCACAGUACAACUCCUAAGGAGAGUUCUCCAACGCACAAGACAGCAUCACAUUUGCUAGUAUGACAGGAGACAUGUACAUAACAAACAUUUAUUCUCAGCAGAAGCAUUUUGGAGAAAAUGGAACUAUUGGCACUGAGAGCUGUGAGAACGGAGCCAACAUGCCUGCAGCCCUUCCUUGGUGUUUAACCUCUUCUAGGGGGCCAGGACAGUCUUGUAUGGCGAUUCAUCCAUUGUCACAGAAGUCAAGUUCCUUUUAGUUGUGUUUAAGACCAUUGACCUUGCUAGUCUACAGGUUACUGAUAGUGUCUAGAGUUCAUUCACAGUUCUUCUGGUCUAUUGCGUGUGUCCGAGUUGCUCUAGCAGCAGACUCAGCCCGCCUUGUCCAGAGUAGCAUAAGGAUUCGAAUCUUCCUCAGCUUCCUUUGUGACCUGUGCAGAGAAGUAAGCCCCACCGAGGAAUGAGAUCAGGUGAGUGUAGCUUCCUUCAGCAGGGACAUCAUCUCCUCCACUUGCCAGCAAAGCCCUCCUGUAGCUGUUAACAACAUACAUAAAUGUGCCUGCUCUCCUUCCUGCAUCCAUUUAGCCCCCUUCAGGCCUGUCCUCCUCCUCCUUCAGUUUUGCCGCACAAGGAAUGAGUCAAGAGUGAAUGAGUUACUCUGCUAUUUUGCCUGUCAUGCAAAAAGCCAUUUGUAGAGAUUGUAGAGGAGCAGGAGGCCUAAGGAACAGGUCUAUCUUGAAGAUACGCUAAGAACUGUACAUAUGGCUAUGUUGUGUAACUCCAAUAUAUUUUUUUUCCAUUUUUGAUACUGCACUCUGUAAAAUAUCUGAUGUCAUGUAGGAGUGGUUCUGUGUAACCUUCCUCCUGAGGAUAAAAUAAAAUUUUCGUAUGUUAUGACCUCA